AUGCCGAGGAGUUUCACAGACCCCUUAGAUGUUGCUUUGACUGGGCAAGGAAUUCGCACAUUUAGAUUUAGGAAUGGUGAAGAAUCUAAUCCCCCAGUAAUCUCCUUAAAGGCAAUUGAAAAUUCAAGAUUUUCAAUCGUCGUUCUUUCAAGAAAAUACGCCCAUUCAAUUCGGUGCUUGAAUGAGCUUGAGAAGAUCGUUGAAUGCAGGAAAGAGAUGGGACAUGCAGUUCUGGCGGUUUACUUCGAUGUGGAUCCAGCUGAGGUGCAAAAACAGGGCGGGAAUUUGGAGCAAGUUGCCGAAGACCAUAUAAAGAAAGUGCCAAGUUGGAGUGCAGCUCUUCUUGUAGUACCCAAUCUCCCUGGAUGGCAUGUACGAGAUCGGUACAAAGCACAAAAUAUUGAACUAAUCGUUAAAGUUUUACGGGCUGAAUUGCAUAGCUCGCUACCUAUUUCUCCACACCAGUGGAAUAGUAAAUUGCUUGAGAAAAAGAAAAGUGAUGCAGUCAAGAUGAUUAUUCAAGGCCUAAAUGACAACGAGAAGAGAAUUUUUCUAGAUAUUGUUUGUUUCUUUAAAGGAAUGGAGAAAAAGCGAGUAGAGGAAAUCCUAGAUUGUGAUGGUUGUUGCCCGUGCAUUGCAAUAGAAGUCCUCAUUGAGAAUUCCCUCGUAACUAUUCUAGACAAUAAAGUGAUGAUGGAUAGGUUCAUACAAGAAACUGGGCAAGAAAUUGUUAGUGCCGAGUCUCUUGGGGAGCGUGGUAAGCAAAGCAGGUUGUGGCUUACUGACGACAUCCUUGAUGUAUUGGGGAACAAUAAGGGAACAGAUGCAGUUGAAGGCAUUGACAUACACUUUCCUGAACUCAAAGAGGCACAAUGGAACUCAGAGGCCUUCUCUAAUAUGCCUUGUCUUAGAUUUCUCCGUAUUCAUGGUCUGUAUAUGACCGAAGGCCCCAUACAUCUAUCUAAUGCCUUAACGUUUCUCGAGUGGUUUGGGUAUCCUGGAAAAGUUUUCCCACAAAGUUUUCAACCUGAGGAACUUCACGAACUGAAUUUGUGCAGUAGCAAAAUUGAACGGCUUUGGGCUGGAAAAAUGUGCUUAUAUAAGUUGAAAUUCAUCAAUGUUAGCUACUCCCGAGAGCUGUCUAGCACCCCCGACUUUUCAGGUACUCCGAAUCUUCAGAGAUUAGAUUUUGAAGGUUGUCUGAAUUUGGCGGAGAUAGACCCAUCCAUUGCUCUGCUCAAAAGGCUUAUAUUCUUGAGUUUUAAAGAAUGUACAAGUCUAGAACGUCUUCCAUGUCCGAUUGCAAUGGAGUCCCUUGAAGUUUUUAUUCUUUCUGGCUGUUCAAACAUUAAGAAAUUUCCAGAAUUUGUGGUACCUAUGGACCACUUGUUGGAACUUUAUUUAGAUAAGACAGCAAUAGAAAAGUUACCUUUAUCAAUUGGACGCCUGACUGCCCUAACAUUAUUAAAACUAAAAGAUUGCAAGAAUCUCAGGUGUCUUCCAAGCAAUAUUCACAAGUUGAAGUCCCUCAAAAUUCUCAAUGUUUAUGGAUGCUCAAAACUUCGAAAGCUGCCAGAAAGCUUGGGGAGCAUAAGUUGUCUGGAGCGGCUUGAGGCGGGUGGUACCUCCAUAAUCGAUGUACCACCAUCCAUUUUCCUUCUGAAGAAUCUUGAAGCUUUAUCUCUUCGUGGAUGUAAAGGGAUUCUGCGAUUGCAGUUGCCACCUGUAUCUUCUUUGACACUACUGAAUCUAAGUGACUGCAAUCUUCAGCAGGGAACAAUCCCAGCUGAUAUUGGUUGCUUAGCCUCAUUAGUAUCAUUAGAUCUUAGUAAAAACAAUUUGGAUAGAGUUCCCACAAGCACUAGUCAGCUUACUAAGCUUCAAGGUUUGAAUGUGGGGAGUUGUAAGAAUCUUGAGAGGAUGCCAAAGCUAUCAUCAUAUAUAGACUUCAGUGUUGGAUCAGCUGGCCGCUCUUCACGUGAAAGGUUAUCUUGUCCCUCGAAUUUUUUCAGAAUGGGGGACUCUUGCUUGAAUUUUGUUAACUGCUCCAAAUUGGUUGGCAAUCAAGACUGCAACAAUGCAUUUACAAUGCUAAGGAGGUUCCUUAAGGGAAACCCUUGUCCAGGAAAGAAGUUUGAAACUAUAAUACCUGGCAAAGAACUUCCUCAGUAUUUCAGUGAUCAACAUGAGGGGUCUGUAGUAAGCAUGAGCUUACCUCAGAAUUGGUAUACGGAUAAGUGCAUGGGAUAUGCUGUUUGUGCUGUUGUUGGUUUCCGUCGAUAUCGUCCAGCUAACUCGCUUGGUAAAUUGAGGCAUGAAGCGUUUGGAACUACACAUGGUCUCGGCUGUGAAGUGAAGUGCAGUAAGUUGGAUAUACCUGGCUUGCAUCCUUUCUUACGCUGCAGCCAAGAACUAAGCCAAAUUGAGUCAGAUCACCUUUGGUUCUCCUUUGUAUCUUGUGAAAAGUUUAGUACAGAGUGGAAAAACUGCUGUCGUCACCCUGAAUUUUCAUUUCAACCCUAUGGCGCUGGCUUAGUGGUGAAGAAGAGUGGGGUUCGUUUGAUAUAUCAGCAAGAUAUUGAAGAUAGGAAACUAACAAUGACCCAAUCUAGAGGCAGUGCCUCCCCUUGUGAGGUUGUUAAUGUGUGGAAUAAUGAUUUUAGUGGAUCAGAAUCUUUACAAGGUGCCAUUGUUCAACAAUCCAACAGUCUACAGGAAAUUGGUGGAACAAAUAACUCCAAGGUGGAUGACGCAGCCUUAGACAACGUCCAUUUAUCAAAGAAAUGUCGAAAUUGA